UUCGAUCGCAAAUGACAUUUUGUGUUGCCACGUUAUUAAGGAAGCCUAAAUUAUCUGUAGAAGACGGUCCCGCGCGCCCGAGUUACCGGUAGUACAUCCGCGACAUCGAGCCAGAUUUUAUCUUCACCGUUCGACCGACCAUUAUUGUAAUCGGCCUGACAUCAUCCAUUGCCACGGUGCGUGAGCCGGGUUAUCAUGCACGGGACACUAAGCUGCUCACUAUGCUUCCCCGCGAUUGCCGCUUACCUCCGCCUGCAACGUCCUCUCUUGGCUGGACCACACAUAUGAAGGACGACGCAGGCGUGCUGGCCUCCGUGCGUUCUACAUCUCGAAUCCACCAAUGCGCCCCGUAACUUCAGCUUCAAACUCGUUAUUGCAAUUGCACAACUUUAGGCAGCAUGACAGCCCUCAAGAAUCAGUUUCCAUGGAUCAGGGAGCCACUCGUCAUCAAUGCACCCAUGGCUGAUAAUGCUGGAGGUCUCCUUGCAGCAACUGUGACCCUUGCUAGUGGCUUCGGUCUCAUCGGCUCGAAAGUGGAUAUGGGCAUCACCAGACGCGAACUCGGCAUUGCGAAAGAGACCUUUGCAGGAACACAGCACGCCCACUCUGAAACAUUGCCUCUGGGCGUUGGUUUCUUGCCAUUCGCAUUGAAGCUCGAGUCUGCGCUGGAGGUAGUCAAGGAGUACAAGCCCGCUGUGGUCUGGCUGUUCGCUGCGAAAGAGUUAGACGACUACGCUGUAUGGGCGAAAGCUGUGCGCGAGGCAUCACCAGGAAGUAAGAUAUGGGUGCAGGCUGGCAGCGUUGAAUCAGCACUUCGGAUCGCAGAGCAAGCAAAACCAGAGGCUAUCUGUCUACAAGGUGCAGACGCAGGCGGUCACGGCUUUGAGAAGGGUGCAGGCAUCAUCUCACUCUUACCUGAGACAGCAGAUGCACUCGAAGCAGUAGGGUUAAAGGUGUCAUUAUUGGCGAGCGGUGGCAUCAUGGACGAUCGCGGGGUCGCCGCGGCUGUGAGCAUGGGCGCUGCGGGUGUGGUGAUGGGCACGCGGUUCCUCGCGAGCAAAGAGGCGCUGGUGCAUCCUGUCGUGCAGGCCAGUAUUGUAGAAGCAAAGGAUGGUGGCCAGGUCACCACAAGAAGUAAGCUAUUUGAUCAGCUGCGAGGCCCCAACAUCUGGCCGGCGGUCUACGAUGGAAGGAGCCUGGUGAUCAAGAGCCACAAAGAGUACGUGGAGGGUGUCAGCCUGGAGGAGAUACAGAAGAAGCACAACGAGGCGCUGAAGGAGGACGAUCUUGGUUGGAAGACGGGGCUUGAGGGUAGAGCAGCAAUUUGGGCAGGUACUGGUGUGGGUCUUGCCAAAGAAGUGGAGGGCGCGGGUGACAUUGUGCAGAAGGUCAGGGAAGAUGCGCGGAGAAGGUUGACUCUAGCCGCAAAGUUCUAACUUCCACGAAAUCAUCAAGAACGGUUAUGUGGUG